GCCGGUGUUGUCGGCGGGCGGCGCCAUGGCGGUCAACUACAGCGCUAAGGAGGAGGCGGACGGGCACCCCGCGGGCGGCGGGCCGGGCGGUGGGGCCACGGCGGGUGGCGGCGGAGCGGUGAAGACCCGCAAGCCGGACAACACGGCGUUCAAGCAGCAGCGCCUGCCCGCCUGGCAGCCCAUCUUGACGGCGGGCACGGUGCUGCCGGCCUUCUUCAUCAUCGGCCUCAUCUUCAUCCCCAUUGGUAUCGGCAUCUUCGUCACCUCCAACAACAUCCGCGAGUACGAGAUUGAUUAUACAGGAGUAGAGCCUUCCAGUCCUUGCAACAAAUGUUUAAAUGUGUCCUGGGAUAGUACACCACCUUGUACUUGCACAAUCAAUUUCACACUGGAACAUUCAUUUGAGAGUAAUGUAUUCAUGUAUUACGGACUUUCCAACUUCUAUCAAAACCAUCGUCGCUAUGUGAAAUCUCGAGAUGACAGCCAACUAAAUGGAGACAACAGCUCAUUACUUAAUCCAAGUAAGGAAUGUGAGCCUUACCGCACAAACGAGGAUAAACCCAUUGCUCCCUGUGGGGCUAUUGCCAACAGUAUGUUUAAUGAUACAUUGGAAUUAUACCACAUUGAAAACGACACAAGGACUGCUAUUACUUUGAUUAAAAAAGGUAUUGCGUGGUGGACAGAUAAAAAUGUGAAGUUCAGGAAUCCUAAAGGAGAUGGAAAUUUAACUGCACUCUUCCAAGGUACAACAAAACCAGUAAACUGGCCCAAACCAGUGUAUAUGCUGGACUCUGAGCCUGACAACAAUGGCUUUAUCAAUGAAGACUUUAUUGUGUGGAUGCGUACUGCUGCUCUGCCAACGUUUCGUAAGCUGUAUCGUCUCAUUGAAAGGAAGAGUAAUUUACAGCCUACCUUACAGGCUGGAAAAUAUUCUUUGGAUAUCACAUACAAUUAUCCUGUACACAGUUUUGAUGGACGAAAAAGAAUGAUCCUAAGCACAAUCUCAUGGAUGGGAGGCAAAAACCCCUUUCUGGGAAUUGCGUACAUCACUGUUGGGUCCAUAUGCUUCUUCUUAGGAGUUGUAUUGCUGAUCAUCCAUCACAAAUACGGAAAUAGAAACACUAGUGCAGACAUUCCCAAUUAAUUGAUCUUGCAUUUUGAAAGCAACCGUGCUGCAUGUGCAUCAAGGCCAGUCCAGAAAGGACCCAGUUGUUGGAAGAUAAAUCUCCGCUAAUGUCACUUGUGAGGCUGGGUGUAUAAUUUUAUCUAAAGACCUCCUUUCCCCUUGCUGUGGAUUAACUCUCAAAAUGACGGGUAUACAAUUAGCUAUAUUGAUUGUAUCUCUGCAUACGUCAGAAACAGUUUUCUGACUUUUGCCUCUAGCUGGGCAGGCCAUUUGACGCAUGUAGCUCCGGUUCCCUUGAUGCAUCUGCUGCUUGUCAUGUGCUGUGUAAUGUCAGUAUGAUUCAGUACAUACAGAUUGUGGAGAAGACCAUUGUAAGAUACCGUGUAAAUUGUUAACUUAGCAGAAUUCGAGUGUCAGUGCUGGUGAAAGGAAAAGGCAAGUCUUAAGUGUUUUUUCAAUUUACUGUCUUGUGUGCAUGGGCUCUUACAUUUCUGGCUGAGAUUUUAAUAUAUAAGCGGUUAAAUGUUUUUUCCUGUGUCCUACCCACCUUUGUUAUGUUAGAUUCUUUUAAAUGCAGUGUGAAUUGCAACACCUGGAAUUCCUUUUAAUGGUUGCAACAAAUAUGCCUGGCCAGUAAAACAGCAUUCUAUAAAGGCAUUGGAAAACCUAUUUGUUAAUUAUCUGUGUGAGUUCCUCUUAAAUUUUGUUCUGAAGUGAGAGAUGUUUGUUGCAGGUAGAACCUGCUGUUUUGUCAUUUUCGUUGCUUUAAGUUGUAUCCAACAGCAGUUUUCCUGAUGUGCUUGCUGGUUUUGCUUUUUAAAGAGUAUCUUCAAGCAUUAAGCAAGAUGAACCUACAGUGUCUGUUCCAGUCACAAAUUUGAGUGAAUUCCUUUCACUAAAAGACUUUCUUGAAACAGAUGUAUUCUGCUGAGCAGGCUUUGUUGUAAAGGAAAUCUCAUGUUCUGUUUCCUUAUUUGGAGUAGAUGCCACAAUAAAUUCUUGUGGUGUUGAGAUGCUGAACUGUAGAAAUUGAAAAGCUGAGAUGACAGUAAUCUUCUUGUUAUUCCAGUGCAGGUUAAGUUUGCAGUGAAACCUAAUUGAAAUAUUGCAGUUAGAAGCAGUGUGAGGUUUAGUGUCUUAAGCAGCAGAAGGGUUCACUUCUAGAUUAAUUUGAAGCUGGCUAAUCUGUAAAAUACUAUUUGACUGGUUUUUUUUUUGUUUCUUUUUUUAGAUGAUGCACAGAAAUUGUAAUGUAUAUGGUGGAGAUCACUUUAUAUGCAACUAGCUUCAUAAGUAUAGAGUGUAUUAUUAAAAAGACCUAAUAAAUUCUGCAAACCAUUUAUUAAGAGAUUUUACUUUGUUCUUGAGCAUGCAUUUGUUUUCCUCUGGACGAAAAGACAUUCUCAUUAAGAAUGAGUGCAUUUUAAGCAAGUUGUGUUUCUCAGGCAGUUACAGAAAAAUCGAUGUAACAUCUAUAGCCAGCUUUAUACAACACUGUAUUAAUUUAACACAUAAAUGCAAAACUGUUUUUACUCAAUUACUUGUGUAAUCUUUUUCAGCUAGCAGUGUAAGUGUAUAGGUCUGCAUACGCUGCAGAAUGAAGCAGUGUUUCCAUGGUGCUGGCUUUCUGUAUGAGCAUGCAAUUUGCUUACACAGUACACUGUGGCAGCACAGGGCUUUUAAACACUCAAGUCUUCUAGAUUCUUUUUGCAGUGUUGUAUCUGUUGCUGGAACUAUAGGAUAAGGUUAUAUAACUCUGUAUGUAUAUUGCAAGGUUGAAAAGUUGCACAAAACGUUAAGCUGGCAUUCCUCUGUAGAAUAGCUUAGUCCAAAACAAAGUAAACAAGUAAGGAGAUGUUUCCCAUUUACUGCUUAUUAAAAUAUUUUGAUUUUUAAACUGUCACUUGAAAGGUAAAUGUUUUGCUUUAUUCAUGACCCCUUAUCUUUUCUGAGUAGGGAGUGCUGUUUUUUGGGCUAUGUUCAAAAUGGAAAGCAGUAUUUUUCUAUCUCUACCUUGAAAUGUUUUUCAGUGCUUUUCUUUUCUUUUCCUGUUGACCACAGCUGUCACUGCUGAUGGGAUCUUCUUUAAUGAAGUGCACCAGGAUAAGAAUUGCUGUCUGUUUGGUUCUUGCUACAAAUAGUGUUUUUCUGAAAGCCUGUAGCACUAAAUACUUGUCAGACUAUAUGAAUGCUAUGCCUGAAGAGCUCAAAAUAUUAGGUCCAACUUGCAAUCUCUUGUUUUACUCUUCUACAUUUGCCUUGGGGGCAUGUAGAUAACCAUUAAGAUUUUGUUAUAUGUCACGUGUUCAAAGAUGAAGCCACAGUGUCCCUAUCUGACACUUGUCAGGGCAGUGUCCCUGUCCCACUGCUCAGUGCCAUGUGUUGGACCUGACCACCUGUGACCUGCUUCUUCAGUGGCACCUGUCCUGCACAACUGCUAGAGAUCAGAACUAGAGGGCAACGCUUCUCCUUUCCAAGUGCCACCAAGGCACUUUGCAAAUCUCACCCUCUUGAGGCAGUGCCUAAAGCGUGAGGUUAUAGGCUUCCUGGAAGUGGGUGGUGUUAGGAGAGCCUGCUUGUGAAUGAAUCUUUCCUGGAGAAAUUAAUGUGGGAAACUAGGAUGUGUCUCUAUCUUAUGCAGGAGCUUUUAAAACAAAAGCCUUUGCGUGUGCCCAUCUUCUUUCCAGUCUUGUUAAAAUCUAUAUAGCUGUAGCAAAGCAGAGGGCCCCUUGGGUACUUUUACAUUGCUUUGGGCUAUUUAGAGAGCUGUUGGUUGUGAUUAGCUGAGUCAGAGGGAAGAGUUAUCACCUUAGAACUUGAAUGUGAAGAAUCCUUUGUAGCCUUUGCCUCUCAAGGUCACACUGGUACUGAAACUGCAUUCUCAGCAGCCUGGUUUUGCUUUAAUUAUGAAUGUUAAACCUUGAACACAAGUCUUUUUAUAGAAAUCUCCUUGGGAGGAGAGGCUGUGACAAUCUAAUGGCAGACUCAAGCAGAUGUUACCUGACAAGUAGCACAAGGAAAGCUCAGGUGUUUGCCCUGGGUUCACUGCAGGUGUUAAUGACUGCACCUUUCUCAAAUGCUCUUCCUGCACUGGGGCAACAUCACUGUUACUCAUCUGUAGACACACAGAUGUCGGAAAUUCAGCUGAAGUGUCUGAUGGGAAAAAUGUGACUAAACCUAACACAGAAUAUACAUUGAAUUAAUUUAAAAAUAAUGUAAAAUAUACUGAUUGGAAGGCAGCUGCUUAAGAAGGACAAGUCAUGACCUUGGAGUACUUUGUACAUGCUGAACAUUAUUCUGUUCUUUCUGUCUGCAGUUCCUAUGGCAUGUAGAGUUUGUGAUCUUGCCUGAAAAUCUGAUUUUACCUUGGUCCUACAUAAGACCAAUAUCUUUUGUAUUUGUUUUGCAGAUAUUCUAUAUUUGUUACCAUAGGUUGUUCUCUGCAACUGAACUGACUGUAAAGAGUUAGAAAAGAAGAGGGCAACAGUGCAAAAGCCUUCAGCAAUGUCCCAACAAUAAUAGCAACAAAUACAUAUCAAGGUAGUCCUAUGAGGGACUGUAUGGACCUAGUUACAAUGAGUUACUUAAUAAAUGAAUAAAUAAAAUGAUAUGUUGAGGACCUGUGUCUGUGUUGAACAGCCUACCAAAGGAAAAAUCUUGCUUGGUGGGGGGAGGAAGUGAAUGGUCACGUCACUCUUAUUCCAGCUCUCUUUUUAGCAAUAUGGUCAAUUUAUGGACUCCUAAGAUAGAAGGCCCAGUUGCAUCUUUUCCUCAGAUCAGCAGAAGUACUUUCAUGUAACCAUACCGUGCGUUGUAGCUCACAGAAUAUGAUCUAAUUAGCAUAGUAUCUCCUAUGCCUUAAAUGGGAGCUCUUGACAGCUUUGAUUUAGACUGUGAUCAUAAGCCUGAUAAUGACCCUUAUAUGACCUGAGUUGUAAAGAAGAAACUCCUUUCUUCUGCUCAAUCAGCACAUGAAUUAUAGUAAUAAUGUCUGUUGCUUGAGUUUAUGCCAAUUUCUGCUGUUUGAAAUAAUUGUUCUCAUUUUAUGUUGGAAAUAAGUAAGCAGAAAUAAAAGCAUGACUCGUAAAUAA